AGUUUGGGCCAAGAGAGAAAUUGGAUUCUUUAAAUUGAAAUGAAAGUUAGAGCUCGUAGCUGUUGUAGUUGAUAAGAAUAGUGUUGAUCGUAGCAGUAAUUGUUGUUAAUAAUAAUGAAGUCGAUAAGAGUUAUUUCAAAUAAUAAAUAAAAUAUCUGAAAUUCUAGUUAGCUAAGCUAUUUUUAUAACCUAAGUUUAGUCAUCGAGUUUAUAGGUUUGGUAAAUGAAGAGGUGACAAACGCUACUAUACAUUUGCUAAUUUAUUUUCAAUGCUACAAUUACAAUUAGGUACUUAAUGUAUCAAACUGUGAUUAAUUAUUGAAGUGAUAAUAAUAUGAACAGCGUUUGUAUUAGAUAUCGUAUUCAUUCUUCUCAACUGUGAUACCAAUCAGUUGAUUAAGUUGCUAGUAACCUAUUCCAAAGAUGGAGAGUUUGAGUGAGUGGUACAGGGACCUCAUGGAUAACAGAGGUGAUCCCCGUGUAAAGGACUGGGCCAUGAUGUCUUCCCCGCUACCAACGUUGGCCGCCUGUCUGUGCUACGCGUUUUGCGCCAAGAAACUUGGGCCAGCCCUGAUGUCCAGCCGCAAACCAUUCGAUUUGAGAAAUACCUUGGUCAUAUACAACUUUGUUCAGACCGUGUUCAGUGCUUGGAUAUUUUAUGAGUACAUGGCGAGCGGUUGGUGGGGCGAUUACAACUUCCGGUGUCAGCUCGUUGAUUAUUCGCGGAGCCCAAAGGCGAUGAGGAUGGCAAACACUUGCUGGUGGUACUACUUCAGCAAGUUCACGGAGUUCUUCGACACACUGUUCUUUGUGCUUCGCAAGAAGAACGAGCACGUGUCGACUCUACACGUCAUCCACCACGGCAUCAUGCCUAUGUCUGUAUGGUUCGGACUCAAAUUUGCACCAGGUGGCCACAGCACCUUCUUUGCGUUGCUGAACACGUUUGUGCACAUUGUGAUGUACUUCUACUACAUGGUGUCUGCCCUUGGACCUCGCUACCAGAAAUACAUCUGGUGGAAGAAGUACCUCACUGCCUUCCAAAUGGUGCAAUUCGUGCUGAUCUUCAGCCACCAGCUCCAAGUGCUCUUCCGGCCUUCGUGCCAGUACCCUCGCGUCUUCGUCUACUGGAUCGCGAUGCACGGCUUCCUCUUCCUCUUCCUUUUCACGGACUUCUACAAAGCGCGCUACAAUAAGGCCGAGAAGUCCAGACUCAACAUGGGACUCUGCAUGACGGUGCUAGAAGACAGUUCGAAGAACGGCUACAAGCAAGAGGACUCGUCGGUUCCGAACUCGUACGCGUCGUCGGCCGCGGACGCGUUCGUUCGCCGGCGGCCGGUCACGUAGUGCGCACCUCGGUUCCGAUCCGUGAGGACUUUCUUCGCCCGUCCGUCGCCAUUUCGACGCACCUCAUCGUUUUCAACUAAAAUUAUUUUCUUCUCGACUCAGCGAAACCGCAUCGACACGGUCGACAACGUUGAUUCGUUUAAAAUGCCUUAAGCUGCAGUGAACGAAGCGGUCGCGGUGCUCGGUCGAAGUGCGAGGCCGACGGGCGUUUACGCAAUGGCGUCUGCAAUUCUCUUAGGUUACUCUUUAGCUUUUUGUGUAAAUAUAAUUUUAUUGCAUUUUAACUUAUGUUACCAGAGAGUUCGAUCCAGUGUACCUAUUUACUCUUGAAUAAAAAUAUUUAUACAAUGUUCGGGUAUUUUAGUCGGUUCGUUAGGAGUCAACGGACGGACCGAAGCGGUCGUCGUUGUCAAUCUGAUAUUUACCUUAAGGUUCGGUUCGCUCGUUCUAACUUUGACUCGUGUCUGUGUAUCGCCGCGAGGGAGGUCGGGGUGAAACGGGACAUUGAGCCGAUCUGCACUUGUCCCGACGUCCCUUUCGGACUUCAGUCUUAGUUUUAAGCAAGCCGUGCACGCCCGUCGCCCGCCGGAAAUUAGUCGCUAACGGUUAAGGUGCUUGCGGAGAGACUUAGAGCGUAUAGGAAUUUAUUCUGCGACACGGAAACGGAUGUUAUCGUAUUUAUUUAUGCUUCACCUUAGUAAUGCUAUUGUGGGUUGAUUCUGAUAAACUGCACUUGAAUUGACACUAGAAAAACCGUAUUUUGAAAUACGUAUUAGCAUCCGGAGCCGUGGUGUAUCGAAGUCUUCAAAAUCCAUAGACAUAGAACUGUUGUUUAGAAGAUAGAACAAAUGUAGAAUAGAUGAAUUGCUGCUUAUGUACAAUUUAAUACUCGAAAUUGUGAACAACUAACGUUUUCAGUCGUAGUAUGACGAAAGAGCGCGAAUUUUUUUGGCAUUUGACAUUUUCUUAUCCGCCAUCUUGAAUAACGCUUAUGACAUUCUAUCUGAUACAGAUGUUAUUUCAAAUAAUUAUGUACGUGUCGUUCGCUCGAUCUGAAAGAUCUGAAUCAAUUCUGAGCUAUUUACAAAACGAUCUGGUUCGUUCGACCCGUUCAAUCCAACGAUUGAUUCAAUUUUAAACUAACUAAAGGUUAUUUCGAACUGAAAAGUUCCGGUUUGUAAAACAACUUCGGUUCAGACACAGAACACAUCGGGAUGACGGAGCACGGUGCGACAUAAGUCAUUAAUGCAUUUAGUUAUAGAAAACAAAUAUAAAUUAUUGAAAUAACUUAUUUAAAAAAUCAAUAGCUCCUAAACUUACAUUACACACUUUAAAAUAGAGAAACUUUUCUAAUUAAUCACUUUAUCGGUAAGAAUCAGCGUGUCAAAGGUCACUUAAAUAAAAAAAUUGAAAUGGGGCCUUUUUUAAAAACUAAAAGUAAAUAUUCAAAAUAUAUCGGCUAACUCAAGUAAUUCAACAAUAAUAUAACCGCGACUAAUAUUGAAGUUCGAACCUUAUUUGUAUUGGCAUGAAAUAGCUUAUUAAACUGAAGUAGAAGCAAUCUAAAAGAAUAAAUAAGAUUCUAGCUCCAAUGCACCUACUUUUAAGAAUCAUAUUCGAUUGUCAUAAAUAGCUCUCAUUCCCUCGGAUCGCUAGGACGCGCCGCGACGUCAUUGAACGAACGAAUCAUUUUCAACGAAGUGACCCAUUCGUCAGCGAGGAUUUGAAGAUCUGCUUCUUUUGAGCCGUUCAAUCGCGAACGACACAUAGUUUCGAUUAGUUAUUUAAGAAAAAAAUAUAAUCGGUUGAUGGGAUCGUCUUUAUAAAAAAAGAAGAAAAAAAGAAGUGGGCGAAAGAGCUUGUCUCUUUAACUGUCAGCUAAAUUUUUUUUUCUGACGUCAAUUGCCAAAGUCAUGAUCAAUUUUGAAAUAGUUUAGCCGUCAAUUUGAACGUCUGGUCGUCGAAUCUAUCGACUGCGCUGGAUAUUUCCAACGAAUUGGAUCAACAUUGAAACGAUUGAGCCAAUGUUUUUUUUAUAUUUUUAAAGAUUUAGGUUUAGGGUAGAGGAUUGGAUACGGGUGUGCACGGUGACGGUGAGUGAACUUCGAGGGCACUGACAUGGCUCGCGACGAAACUUGUUUUAAAUUGAAUCCUGUUAAAAUUGAUUACAACUAGAUCCGUCUUGAGAAACGUGUAUGGCUAAAAAACAAAAUGUUUUAUGAUUAAUUUUCUCGCAUUUGAUUCCGUAAUUAAUCUCAAUAAUUUCAUAACGAAUGUCAGUGUCGCCGAAGGGUUAUUUCGUGCCACAUUCUUGUAUUACCGCUUUAAGUGUUGUCGCGUGGAGGCUUGGGGAUGCGCCGGCGCCGGUCACAGUGCUCAAACAUUCUGCAAACUCACUAUGGCAAUUUAUUUAUUAUUUUAAUAAAGUAUUUUCCAAUUU